AUGCAGCAGCAGAAUGUCCGGAUGGGUCACGAGCUGCAGGCCAUGAAGCGACAGCAGGUUCAGAGAGAGGAGAGAGAGGAAAGCGAGGAUAAAGAGAAUGGCCAGGGGGACUACCAGUAUAGCAGUGAAUCUGAGCGUAGUAACAGUGGGGGAUAUUGGCCUGAAGAAAACACCCAGGAGAGCAGGGAAGGCGGUACGAUGAUAGUUGGUGCUCUGAUUGUUGCGACUGUGAUUGUGACUGUGACUGUGGGGACUGCUUCAUGGGAGAUAACAAGGAUGGCGACUCUGAUUGUUGCUGUUGAUGAGAACGCUUAG